AUAAUCCGAUAACCCCGGCUUAUCGUGGAGUAGGUAGCCUCCUAACAACUUAAUGCAUAUACCCAUUAAACGACUUGUGUUUUAAGUUAAAAUGAAAACCGAUUAGUGCCGAGAGAUCUUCGUUGCAUUGGUGUAUUGUCAUUGCGAGGGCGAGAAGGGUAGAGGCUGUGUGUCUAUCUGUCUGUCUGUCUGUGAAGCGAUCGCACGGCACGCGAGCAAAGACCGAUCAGACUAACCGAGGUCUGCUGGAUCAAAACCAAGACAACCCGAUCUGUUCAGGAAUCGUGAAACAUGGCGAACAGAGACAACUCGGAUAAUUCGGACAGUGCCAGCAGCGUAGACCUACCGGCAAUCAGUGGACUCAACAAGAACUCGGCCCACCCUGAGGAAUGGACGCUCCCCCACGAGUGGAGCAUGGAGAAACGAGAGUUGUUCGAGAACUGGAAAAUGGACGUACAGAAUCAGAUAGCUAACCUGGCAUCAUCAUUGGAGAAAUCCCUUGCGGAAUAUCCGAAUCCUGACGCUGGGGAUUAUUUUAAUUACGAAGACGAGAAACUAAAAGCAGAAUUUGAAAAGCAACACAGACUACAAGCUAGGUUCUCGGGAGGGACCCUCAAUUAUGGACUCGGACGAAAUCCAGAAAAAGCUUUCCCGGACAAAUACUGACCCAGGAAAUGACUUCAUCAUUGUUUAGGGAGUGGGAUGAGUGUCGAAUGUAAUGCGACCCGUAACUUCUUCGCGGCCGGAGCAGCCAAGGAUCAUACGCAUUGUACAAAGCCGUGUCGCGUGGCUAGGCUUUGAAGCACAUCACCAUCAAUCGAUUUAUUUAGUUUGCUUUCAUUGACAGACAGUAUUAUUUGAUAUAUUAAUUGUGUGUGUUAUUUAUUUUUAAUUUUUGUAUAGCAAUCUAUUUUGUCCACAGGUAUGAAAGUUGUGUUCUUGUGUUUGCCCUUUUUGUGAGCAAAAUGUCAUGUUAAAUUGAAGAAAAGUGAUUAUAUCCUUCUUAAAGAGUAAUUAUCAAUACAGUCCCUCAUGUCCUCAU